GUAUUGCUUCGAAUCGAUUCGCUUGAUUAUUUCAAUUAUUGUCAGUUUCAUUUGCCAGAACUUUGUUCAAAAUGCCUCGAGUUACUCGCAACAGCCAAACGAAAAUAGAGUUUCGUGUUCGGAAGACUCGAUCGCAACAGAAAGAAAACGUAGGCACUGUUGAAACAAGCGGAAAGCAAACUCCAGCAUCGACGACUUCGCCUCGAAAGCGACGCGAUGCCACGAAAGGUAAGAGAAAGACCUUCUCUUUGCUUCUUCAGCUAGUUAAAUAUCAAACAUUAAGACUUUAUUUGGAAAUGUGUCGAAUUUACUCAGGGAUCUUACUGAAAAUAAUCGAAAAAUUCUAGGCCGAACUUUAUCCCUUGGACUUGAAAUUUCCCGCGCAAGUUUCACUCCUUGAUUCGUUGCAAAAUUUGUUAGAUCGCUAGUUGAGAUUGAUCGAAGCACAUCUCAAGGAUUUUAGAUUAGAAAAGCAGCAUUUACUCGUAAUUUUGGUCCAGAAAUGCCAGUUUCUACCUCGAUUCUCUUGUACGUACAUAGCUAAUGAGAUUAGAUUUUCUACUCAUUUGUAUGCAAGCGUACAUCUUCCAAACACAAAAGGCUUUAAAUUGACCCAUUCAUCACUGAAUGAAAUUUGUGUUUCGACACUUUCCCAAUCGUGUAUCCUGCUUUUGCGGUCUCGAUUUAUUUUCCGUCUGUACCUUUUCAUAAACCAAAACUAUUAUCUGUCCGCGCGGGACCGUGAUGUCGAAGAAGUCGGUGUGACUGUCACGCUGCCCUUCAUGCAAGGAAUGAUAGUGUUCUGGCGGUAGAAUUUUUCUUCAAACACCGACAUAUUCUUCGAUUGCUAAGUCCUUUUUAAGAAGAUCCUGCCACUUAAAUGAUUUCUUCCCAAAUCUGUUUUCAACAGUGGAAACUCAAACUGUUUCUCCAAAGAAGAGAAAGAACAACAGGGGAAAACCCGAAGAUGUGGUUUGCAGUGACACAGAAAACUCAGAUCCAAAGCAAAAGCUGACAUUCGCAAACCAAGAUGGUAAGUGGUGCAAUUCUAUAAUACAUACAGUGCUGUACUCUAGCAGAGCCCCUGUUGCUCUGAAAUACCAAUCGCAUGCUGGGCACCCUAGAUUUUACAGGUGCAGAGCACAGCCUUGAUAUUACAAAAAUAAAAGCCACAGAAAAAAAAUCAAAAUUUUACCCAUAAAUUGCAUACAAAUAACUUUUUUCUAUUGAAGCAAGGCUGUUUUGAAUUAUACUGGUUUGAACCUCUUGUAGGUGACUUGACCCUGUUUUAAGCACUUCCAAGUUUAGUAAAUACCUGGUCACUCAUUGGGUUAGGAGUAGUAAGAGCUCCCAAAGAGAUUUCAUUUUAAUGGUUUAACAACAAACUAAAAGAUUCGUUCACAGAUUUAAAAUUUAGAAUGGUACAAUGACUUCCCCAUCGCUCACUUCAGAACUGAAUAAACAAAAACUUAUAAGCCCACCUACCCCUCCCAUAAGCCAACAUUUUGCCUUAAGAGAGAAGUAAGUGUUAAUGUUGGCUUAGGGGAGGGGUAGGUGGGCAGUUUCCCAGCAAUGUAUAAUGAUCCAAACUUAUAAGCCUGCCAGUAUAGUAAUUCACCUUCUCUGUGGUUGCCAGAGUCGUCUAGUGUAGCUCAAGAAAUUCCCAAAUCCUCAAAGAAGAAAAUCAACAAGGGAAAGACUACUGAUGCAACUGCCACUAGUACCAAUAGCCCAGGAGCAAAACAAAUACUGUCCCUUGCUCGUCAAGAUGGUAAGUAGUGGUAUUGAUUCCCAGGAGGAUAGUUCAAAUUUCAGUUGAUGUGGAUGAUCGAGAGAAUUUAUCUUUCUAAUGCCAAAAAUGUCAAACAAUCAAGGUAAUUUAAAACCACCAAGAAGUUCCAUCAUUAUUUUUUAAAAUAGCCAAGAGCCGGUAUGUGUAGUAAAAGGCUCCAAGUCAGAAGAGAUAAGUGAUCAACUGCCAACUUCUCGCAACAGCACUUGUAUAUACAUGUAAAAGUGAUGGGGAUGCAUCCCAGGAGCACUUGUGACCAAGUGAAAAUAAAAUAUUGCACUCAUAAGGGAUUUGCAUGCAUGACGGAGUCAGAAUAGCAAGAAUAUGUUUGUGACUCCACUCCUUCAUGUCUGUAUUGGCAAGCAGAAAAGGAAGAAUGAGCCAAUUACGAUGCAUGUCAUUCUGAUUGAACUCUGUGAUUGUUUUGUUUUCUUCUUCUUCUGCUAGUGACGCCUCCAAGAAUCUUGCAUUCUCAGAAUAAUAUUAUUGAAAUAAAAUUGACAUCAUAAUAAAUUACUUACUCUUAUUUUCAAAGGUCAUCAAUAUUCUAAAGUGAGAAGAGCACUACAUUCUUCACACCCUGACAACUUACUAUGUCGAGAAAAGGAGAUCGCAGAAAUCAGAUCAUUUCUACACAAUCAUCUGCCAAAAGGAAAACCAGGAAGUUUGUACAUUUCAGGGGCACCCGGGACAGGAAAAACAGCUUGCUUGACAAGAAUCAUGCUUGAAAUGAAGGUAAAUGAGAUGACCAUGAUAAAAGCAAAGUCUUACUGGUGAUGAUCAAGGCUUAUCAUGUACAUUUGUUACAAGAACAAUACUUGGAUGAUCAUGAUAGUGGCAGUGUUGGUGACACUGGCAGAUCCAGACCUUCUGAUGAGGGGGAGGGGGGGGGGCAUCCAGACCCUGAGAUAAGGGGGGGGGGGGCGGUCUCCCAAAAAAUUUUUUUCGGCCCUUCCGGCCUCAGUUUGGUCUAAAGAUAGGGGGGCAGGCCCCCUGGGCCCCUUCCCUGUAUCUGCCACUGGGUGAUGAUAAUAAUGUACUAGCCCACAAGUCAUUUCAACUAGCCCCAAAACCCUUUUUGAUUAGCAGGAUUGAUUACAAUCCUUCUGUAAUUUGAAUUUCCCCAAAACACAGCACUUUAACAAAAAUCAGUAGCCCCGGGCCAUCGGACUCGAAUUUCUUUGCACACUGAAAGUUCCUGGUGUUUAUGCAAGACCACUGCACCAGGAUACUCCAUGUCUUGCAAACCCUUGUGAAACUCUAUGGUAAUAAAGCUGUAUAUGGCAAUGAAACAUGUUGCAUCCGGCUACUACAUGUAGACCAUAAUUAUAUUAGACUUGAAAAUUAAUACAUAGAACACAUUGUUUUCUUACCCAUUAACAGGCUGAGAUAAGAAAAUGUCAAGUUAUUUUCAUAAACUGCAUGGCAUUAAAGCAAGCACAGGAUAUUUUCCAGAAAAUAGCAGUUGAAUUAGUAGGCGAAGAAAAUUGUCCCACCAAGGUGACACAAAAAUUUUUGGAGGAGGAAUUUGCCUCAUCAAAACUCACAAGGUAAUUCCACUUUCAUUGCACUGGCUUGCUAUGAACUUAAGCCAAAUCUUAAUAUUUAUUAUGUAGUUUAGUGUUCUAUAACAUAACAAGAUUGCCUAUCACUUGACAAGUAUUACAUUUGUGGGUCAUAUGUACAUCAUGCACCUCACAAAAAACCAUUGAUAGCUUUACUUAAAAAAAAAACAUUUUUGGUAAGAACUCAGUAUUUUCCAUUUGGAUUCUCCAGUCACGAUUUUAAGAAUGGGAGAGUAUCCCUUGAAAAAAAUUUUCAGAAAACAUGCAAACCUAUAGACAUUAUUUUGUAAGCUGUUGCUUUUGUCAUACCUUUGGUAAACAGUCAAAAAUAAUAUUAUGUUCGUAAUCACAGGCUGAUGGUCAGAAUGCAAAGGAAAUUUUUAAUAAAGGAAAACAAUAUCUUAAGGAAGGGAUGGGUUCACAACAACACCAAGAGCACCAGCAACUUGUUAAAUAUUUGAUCUGAACAUUACAAAGUCUUGUGCUUUUUAAAUAAGUAGAAUAAAUUAUUGGUAUUUAUUUAUUUAUUUAUUUUUGCAGAAUAAUAAUCUUGGAUGAAAUGGAUCAACUUGAAUCCAAAAGCCAAGAAAUCCUCUACACCAUUUUUGAGUGGCCAUCUCUGCCAAAAUCAAAGCUUGUUUUAAUUGGUAAGUAAAGAUCAGCUGAUGGAGUAUCACCAUGAGAUUUUAUGAUCUUUGCGACAAUUUGGGCUCCUUAAUGUUAUAUUACCAUGCAAAGAAAAAAUGCAAGGUCAAAAGAGGUAUAUAAAUAUUUGAAAUCAUGUAAAGGAACUUCUAUAGACUGUAAAAAAAACUCAAUUAUCAUGGACGUGGGCAAGGGAUGGGUGGGCAACAAGGAAUGACUGUACACUGCAUUGAGUGAGAUGCAAAAGUGGCCAUUGUUUCCCUGCAACAUGUUCCUGGCAAGUGUCUAUAUCAUGCUGUACAUAAAAUUUGAAAACCAGCAACUUUCUUUUCUCUAAGGAAUAGCAAAUGCUCUGGACUUGACAGACAGAAUUCUUCCAAGACUACAAGCAAGGCCAAAAUGUAAGUAUCUGUCAUGGUUGACGCAACUUAACUUAAUUGCUGGUUUUGCACAUGCUGCUUUAUUUCAUAAUAGUGGAUUUUAACUGUGCAAGAGUACUAUAUCUGUUGAGAUGUGUAUAUACGACGUAGUACACAAAAUAAAGAAAUUGUCAGCAAAGUAUCUGCAAAUUGGGCUACUCUGAAUUUUUACUUCCAGGUAAACCUGAACUUCUUCACUUUGCCCCAUAUACCAGAGACCAGAUUGUUAAAAUUAUACAGGACAGACUAACAGUGGUAAGUUACAAUCAUUUGGACAUUUUGUUUGGGUAAUGGUGUAAGAUGGGUGUGUCAGCAAGGAAGGGGGGAUGGAGGGGUUGGAUUAGAGAGGGAAGGGUGUACACUAGGCUUUACUCCUGACUGGGAUGGUACUCCCAUAUAUGGGCUAUAAAGGUAAUUUUGCUGCUCAUCAUCAGGAUAUGCUUUUUGCCUCUGACUCUGGAAAAAGGGAAUACAAUCCCUGAGUAUGGUAUUCUUGGUCAAACUUAGGGGCAAAACUACACUUCCCUUGUCGUUUUAUCAUUGAGCCAGCCAUAACAACAGGAUUCCUAUUUUUAUAUUAAUUAUUGUUGGGAACAGGGUCACAAAUUUAUCUCCUUUAGCCUGAAACAGGUCCAGAGUCUCAGAGACUCAGCGGCACACGCCCAUAGUAAAUUUAAGGGUGUACUACCCAUGUUACGAUGCUCAAAAAAAAAAGCAUUGGUUUGGUCUAAAAUUUCAUUUGAUUCCAGGUUGAAGAGAGGAGCAGUAUUCUGGAUACAUCAGCAAUACAGUUUUGUGCAAGGAAAGUGUCAGCCAUGGCUGGGGAUAUGAGGAAAGCCUUAGAUAUUUGCAGGUAAUACCAGUGAUCAGAAACUUAAGCGAACAUCAUUGUACUCCUUAUCAUUAUCUGACAACUGUUGUUGAAUAGUACAUACUUGUUUGCCUUGGAUUCCUGGGUUUCGAAAGAGACAUGUGGAGCAAAGUUUCUUGUCAAAGAAAAGGACUCAAGAUCAAAGAGGUGCAGGGGCCAGCUUGAAAUUUCCACCUCAAUCUGCUCUGGAAUAUUCCAAUAACAUCCUAACAAUAACAUCGUAAGGAGUUUCUCUGAUUCCAAAGUAUUCCAUGUCGUUUUUUUCAGGAGAGCAGUUGAAGUUGUAGAAUCUGGAGAAAGGAAACAGCAAAUUUUACAGCCUGUCCAAACAGGUACGAAACAUUUUCUAGAAUGAUCGAAAAGUUACAUACUACUAUACUCACAAAUACAUUAUGUAGCAGGGCUAAUCUAGGCAAAGGUUUAGAGCAUACUGUAAGAUUCAUGAAGUCCAGGAAGCUUCAAAAUAAUUUUUCUAUAAACACGACACCCCUAAGUCAUUAAUUUGUAGUCUACUCAUGCACCUAUAGAGUGUGAUAAAGUACAGCUGUACUGCAGCUGUUUGACUGAGAUUUGUCAUUGCUUAGCUUUCAUGUCAAUUUACCAGCAAAGUUAGGAAAAGGUUUCUAUGCUGCACUAGUCUUUCCUUUCGAUUCUUUCCAGCAAAUGAGUUACUGUACUGCUAGCCUGCACCACAGCCAGAAAUAAACUUCUGGUUAUAAGUCUGUCUGCAAAGGAGCGCUGAAAUCCUUGUUCCGGGCCUUUCCCUGUGUGCAAGGAUUUGAGCACAUGCCAUGAUUGGCCUGUAAAAAAAGCCAUCGUCAACCUGCCAAUCAGGUUGAAGGUAAAUUUGAACAACCUUUUUGUUAAUUUGUUGAGUCUGUUGUGGGCCCUGAGAACAAGGAUACCUGUGCUGCUUCACAGAAGUUGACUAACUGGGGUUAGAUGUCUUUAAUGCAGGCCACUUUUGUACUGCCAGAAGCAGUUUUUCACUAUAGUAUACUUACAGUGCCCUUAAAUUAAUAUUUCUCUUUAGCUGAAUCUGCUCGUAAAAGACCUGAAACUCCACCAAAACCUAAAAAGGUUGGAAUUUCCCAAAUAGCCAGUGUUGUAGCAGAAGUUUAUGGAUCUCGUCUGGUGGCAGGACCUGGCGUGGAACAGCCAACUAUUCCUCUGCAGCAAAAGCUUCUCAUUUGUACCUUCCUAUUAAUGACAAAAGAACGCAACACCAAAGAGGUUGUGUUAGGAAAGGUAGGUUUUGAAUUUCAAGUUACGGUAGCUUCUUUUAGAUGCUUACAAACAGAACUGGGAUAUCUCCUGUGUAAUUUCUUAUCCGUCGACAUUUUGGUAUACUAUCAGUUGACAGGUCAGCUGACUCUCGUUCAAUAUGUGCGUCAAUAUCUGCAGUCGGCACUCGUUGUUUCACAGGAAACAAAUAGAAAUUACUUGGACUCACCGAUGCUCAUGUGUGCUUAACACAGGGUAUUUUAAGUUUAAUAAAGGCCCCACUGCAUUUUGGCAGAUUUUGAGUAGGUACAUAAUGUACAAAGUGUUGCCUAGGUCUCAAAAUCUUGACUCUCUUUUAGAAGAAUUUUGCUAUCAUAAUGAUGCCCCAUUCAAGAAAAUUCCAAAUUUUACAAUACAGACACAUUCAAGAGAUUACUUUUAUUCCAUUGCUGGUACUCAAAUGUAUGAACACACAUGCAAGAGAGGAAAAGGAAUUAUUUCUAUCAAAUCCAUAUUUAAUAAUGUGAAUAAUUAUUCUGUCUACAGUUUCACGACACUUACUGCAAGAUCUGCACCAGGCGGAAAGUUUCCCAGCUUGGCCAAGAAGAUUUUCUCGGUUUGUGUAACAUACUGGAAACAAGAGGACUUCUUGGAAUCAGGAGAGCUAAGGACACAAGAAUGAUGAAGGUUGGUCUAGAUUGACAAGAUGCACAAGUCCUUGCUAGUGUAACAUUUUUCCUGCAGUUUGUCUCAUAAUAAUGCUAAAAAAAUUAUGGAAAAAGGUAUAGCUUGAUUCUACUAAAAGUUUGUAUAACAGUGUAAAAAGGUUGAGUGACUUGUUCAAUUCAGGACUGGUCACCUGAAACAACUUUUCAUGCUAUUUUGAUUUAUAUUUUGUCUAAACAAAUUUGUGAGGUAAUUAGUUGUAGCUAUAGGUUGGAAAAGUUGCCAUGUGUAAGCAGGCCUUUAUUGCCUAAUUUUAAUAGUCUUUUACUGUCAGUUAAUGCCUUGCUAAUUACACCAGAAAAUGUUCUUCUGCCCUUAAGGGUUUGCUUUACUUAACAGAAGUUUACUGGUAGCUACAAGACAUGUAAAAAACCUGUUCAGUAAAGAAAGUCCCUCCCCCCAUUAAACCUAAUCAAGAUGGUAAACACAUUUUCAUCACAACACAUUUUGAAUAUACUACCUUCUCUUUAACAGGUAACACUCAAAAUAGAUGAGAGAGAAGUGGACUAUGCACUCCAAGACAAAACUCUGUUAUCCAGUAUUCUUCAAGAAGGAAUGCCAACAACGUCAUGA